UGCAAAUAUUCUCUUUCUGCUGGUCUCUCUGUGGUGAACAGGAACAUAGCAAAGUGCGUAGCUUAGCAGAACACUUUCCUUUUGAGCUCCAGAACACACAGGGCAAAGGACAUUCUCUCUUUACAUCUGGGGAAACAAAAUGGAGAAUACAACAAUUCUAGAAGAACUUCUUCUGAAGAAGUCACAACAGAAGAAAAAAAUAUCACCAGUUAAUUAUAAGAAAAGGUUGUUUGUUCUGACAAAAGCAAGCCUUUCAUAUUAUGAAUAUGACAAAGAGAAAAGAGGAAGAAAAAAGGGGUCUAUAGAGAUUGAGAAAAUCCGAUGUGUUGAGACAGUGAAUCUUGAGGAAUUAACACCCGUUGCAAGACAAUAUCCUUUUCAGAUUGUGUACAAAGGUGGCCUACUUUAUGUCUAUGCAGAUAAUGAAGAGAGACGGAAGCAGUGGCUUGCAGCUUUGCAUAAAGAAAUUAAAGACAAUAACGAUUUACUAAGCAAGUAUCAUAGAAGAUUCUUCACCAAUGGGAGGUUUCUCUGUUGCAACCAGACGUGUAAAGCGGCCCCUGGAUGUACAGUUUGGGAGAAAUAUGUGACUCUGUGUUGCACAACCUUGUCCGUGAAACCACUGCCUCCAGUUCCUCAAACACUGUUGAGACGUAGAAGCCUGCCUCAAGUACUAUCACCAAGUAAGUCAGACCUGAAUAUGGCUGUGGCCCAAUGCAACUACGAACCCUUAGGAGAUUCAGCUAUCCGGCUUGUCAAAUGCAAUAAAUAUCAUGUAUUGCAAGAGGAAGAUUUUGCCUGGUGGAAAGUGAGAGAUUUGGAAGGGAAUGAAGGUUUUGUACCGAGCACUUACCUGAGAAAGUUAUCCCUGAAUGAUGAUGAGCCAAGGGAAAACUCAAGUGUCAAUGAGCACACAGCAUCAGAAGAGCAGAGUAUUGCACAGCACGAUUGGUAUGCUGAUGGUAUCUCCCGUGCCCAGGCUGAGCAGCUGCUCCGUCAGAAGGGAAAAGAAGGUGCUUUUUUGGUGCGGAAAUCUUCUAGCCAGGCAGGAACAUUUACUGUGUCUGUAUUCAGCAAGUUUCAAGAAAGUAAAAAAGGAACAGUCAAACAUUACCAUGUGCACAAAACCCCUCAGAACAAGUAUUACCUCGCUGAAAAUUACUGUUUUGAAUCAAUUCCCAUACUUAUACACUAUCACCAGCACAACUCAGCAGGUAUCGUGACAAGGCUACGGCAUGCAGUAUCUAUGCAAGUAAAUAAAGUCCCAGACACAGCUUCACUGGGAAAUGGAGUAUGGGAGCUGAAGCGAGAAGAAAUUGUCCUGUUGAGAGAGCUAGGAAGUGGUCAGUUUGGAGAGGUGCAUCUGGGAAAGUGGAAGGGACAAUAUGAUGUGGCCAUAAAGAUGGUUAAAGAGGGAGCAAUGUCAGAAGAUGAAUUCACAGAAGAAGCUCAGACCAUGAUGAAACUUAAUCAUCCCAAACUUGUUAGACUGUAUGGUGUAUGCUCAAAACUGUAUCCCAUCUAUAUAGUGAUGGAAUAUAUGUCAAAUGGCAGUUUGCUUAGCUACUUACACAGUCAUGGGAAGGAGCUGCAACCCCUUCAGCUUCUGGAAAUAUGUUAUGACGUUUGUGAUGCUAUGGCGUUUCUGGAGAGCUGUCAGUUCAUACACAGAGACUUGGCUGCUAGAAACUGUUUGGUUGACAGCAAUCUUACUGUGAAAGUAUCUGACUUCGGGAUGACAAGGUAUGUUCUGGAUGAUCUGUAUGUAAGCUCACUAGGAACCAAGUUUCCAGUGAAGUGGUCAGCACCAGAAGUUUUUAAUUACACCAAAUUUAGCAGCAAGUCAGAUGUAUGGGCCUUCGGUAUCUUAAUGUGGGAGGUGUUCACUUUGGGAAAGCAGCCCUACGAGCUGUAUGAUAACAUGCAGGUGAUUGAGAAAGUUUCGCAGGGAUACAGACUUUAUAGACCACAACUGGUUUCAGACAUCACCUACCAGAUAAUGUACAACUGCUGGCAUGAGCUACCAGAAAAGCGUCCUGCCUUUUUUCAGCUUCUAUCAUUUUUUGAGGCACUGAGAGAAGACAGCAGGGCUUGAAAAAGAAGAUUCAUAGACUGAUGACUGUGCAUACUGGUUUCAUAUCAACUGUCUUCUGUGAGAGAAUUAAAUAUGAACUCUUCCUGACAUUAACCAUCUCUAUUAUUCUGUAUAUUAGUCUUUUUCUGACUUAAUCAGGGAGCUGACCAAGAAGUGUAUGGAGAAAGCUUUUAUGAUAUGCUGCAGGUGAUAGAAUCUGGAAGGAUGCUGUGGAAGAAUAUAAUUCAUUCUGUUAGCAUUGUCUCAAAGGACUUCGCAGACACUGAGCCAUACAGCAACUGUGUAUACACCUUCCUUGCUUCCAAGCUGUCAUUGUUUGGCCUUAACUGGAAAUGUAAAUAGGGAAAUUCAUGCUUGUUAGGUUUUCUGAUUAUCAUAACUCAUCUGAAUGUAUUUUUUUCUUUGUAAUCCCUUGAAGCUGAUGCCUGAGGUCAAAUUUAGAACUGCUGCAAGUAACAGUAACAUAAGAAGUUAUAGCCUCGCUUUCAAUUACUUAGAAAUUUCUGUUAUAUCAGUUUGUUUACCAGUAGUAUUGAUUUUAAUUUUGGCCCUCAGGGUAUGUGUUUGAUUUGGAAUUUAUUCUAAACUAUGUAUCUAAGAUAUCUGCAGCUUAGCUACAUAUGAGGAGUUUUUCUGGAGUGUUAUUGCUUCCUGCUGCACUUAGAAAAUGGAAAAAAAAAUGUUUUUGCAGAAUUUUGUAGCCAUUACAAUAGUAGGUGGUAAAUUAUGCUGAUCUCUAUACAACCUGAGAAGCCAAAAUUUUAGAACUGAAAAUGUCAUUAAUAUAAUUGCUUAGCCAGCUAUUUUACUAGUGAUGAGAUGAAAUUUGGUUCCUAAUGUUAACACUGAGUUCUUAAAUAAGAACUCCCAACUUUCAAUUGCUCAUAGCACUAUGCUAAUUAACACUAACUUCAUUCUGUCUAGAGAUACCAAAUAUGUCUGAAGUUACUUAACCAUAACAGAGUAGUCUAAACUUAGACACUGACAUUUGUAAAAUGCUGAUCUAAUGUAUAUGAAAAGAAGGGGUUAUAAAAUAAAGCAAUUUCUGGAAGAAAAAAAAAAAUAUAUAUAUAUAUAUUUUUUUAUAUAUAUAUAUAUAUUAUAUAUAUAUAUAUAUAUAUAUAUAUAUAUCAUCUCCUGUCUCCUUAGAGUUGAGCUAAGUCUUUGUGAGUCCCCUCUAGGAGCUGGAGCAAUUGCUGCCUACCAGCUGCCCUGGUGGAGCUGUCCCAGCCUUAAUGGGGACGCCUCUGCAGCUCAAGUCUGAGCUGGGGCCAGCACCUGUCCAGAGGUGCUGAGCCUAAACUGAGCCUAAGGAGUAAGAAAUGCAGGGUGCAGACAUGUGAGGAGUGGGGAGAAAGAAAUGAAGACCCAGGGCCAGUCUGGGGCUCUGGUGCCUGUGCUUCUUGUUGUUGCCUAGUCCCUCCACUGAAAGCUCCCUUGCAGAGCACAUGCCUGUCUACAAUGGGAGCAGUGUGUCUUUCUGGGGAAAUAGCAUCUGGGACCAUGAAAAUAAUUACGUGUGUGACUACACAUAGCUUAUGGGGGGUCAUGGGAGGCUUGUAUGGUCUGAGAGAGAGGCUGGGCAUGGAAUGACAUUGCCUGUGCCUCAAGGAAGAGGUGCAGACCCGUUUAAAGGACAGCAUAUGAGUGAAGGGUGGGCCCCAAGGACAGGCAGGGUGAGGAAAUGACAUUGGGGCUGAUGUACGGGGAUGGUUUUUUAAUAUAAACGUUGUCUUUUUAUUUCUGUCCUUCCAACAUCCUGCUAUAUUUUUUAGUGGUUUUAUAUAUUAACAAUUCUGAAUUGUGGUCUUUUGAUUUAUAGCACAGCUUUUAAAAUUAAUUGCUUUGAAAUGAAAGCUUUGUCUUAAUGGAAAUGUUAAUCUUAACAACAGAUCCGAAGAUGGCUGGCAUGUCUAAUUACAUUAUUUAAUUUUUUUCAGAUUUGUCAUUCCCCAUUUCUGUUGCUGCACUGUAAGUGAGAAAACUACAUAUAGUUGAAUUAUUUAUCUUAAAGUUCAGCUAAAGUACUAAGGUUUAGGGAUAUUAUGGCAAUGAGAUAUGUGGUAUAGACAACUCAAAGAAAAUAAAAUGUUUCCAUUGCUUUACAUUCCUGUGUAGUUUGCAGCUAACCAGUAUCAUUUGUCUACCAUUUUGAAUUGUCUUUAGUUGGUUUUUGUCUCUUAGAUCAGUAAAGACCUACAAGGGACAGAAUCGUGGAAAUGUUGGCUGAAGGGACCUCUAGAGGUCAUCUACCGAACUUCACACACAGACCGGGACUUUCCCAAGGACUGUGCCAACGUAUCUUUAUCUACCUGACCCCUGAACGCUUUCCAGGAAGGUGAUCCCACAGGCCUUCAUAGUGUGGGAUAGGCAGCCUGUCCCAGCGCUGUACUACCUUCCUCAUGAACAGCUUUUCCUUUCCAGGUGCAUACUGAACACCCUAAGCCUCAGCCUGCUGCCCCGUUAUACAUAUACACCCUGACUCUACAGAGGACUGAGCAAACGAGUAGCUGUAGGCAGUUACGAGGUUUCUCUGUAGCUUCUUCUUUGCCUUACUCAGCAAGGCCUGCCACCUCAGCCUCUCUUCAUCGGACAUGUACUGUAGGCCCUUUAUCCGUGGGAGCCCUCUAUAAAAGAUCUCUGGUUUCUCCACGUCCCUCUUGAACCAGGAGCCACCAAAAAGUUAUUGCAGAGUUGUCUCACUGGUGGAAAACAGAGUGUGUUGAUUUCAGUUAGGACAAAGCUAAUUUUCUUCCUAGUAGCUGGUAGAAUGCUAUGUUUUGGCUUAGGAUGAGAAGAGUGCUGAUAACACCCCGAUGUUUUAGUUGUUGCAGAGCUGUGUUUACACCCCAAGGAUG